AUGGACUGCAAGGUCUACGUGGGUGGCCUUCCGAACGAUGCUACCUCUCAGGAGAUUGAAGAUGCGUUCUAUCGUUUCGGUCGUAUACGCAAAGUGUGGGUUGCCCGACGUCCGCCUGGUUUUGCUUUCGUCGAAUUCGAAGACAGUCGAGAUGCUGAGGAUGCGGUGAAAGCACUGGAUGGAUCUCGAAUUUGUGGUGUACGUGCCCGAGUGGAGAUGUCACAUGGUCGUGGACGCGGUAGUGGAGGUGGGGGUGGUGGUUACGGUGGCCGUCGAAGCAGCGGACUUCACUCGUCCGUCCAUCGCUACCCCUCUCAUCCAUCUCUACCCUUCACUACUGCAGCGCGCUGUUCAAAACCACGUCCAUCUCUACUCUUCUCGCCUCCUAUAGAUAUGCAGUUCGCCCAGCACAACACCGCGGCGUCUGUACGUGAGCUGGUCGAUUCGACCAGUCUGCACAUCAACAGCGCCACUCUACAGAUUGUUACGAAUACAGAUCUCGAUCGCCUCGUCGCGACCGUGGACGAUCUCGCAGCCGUGACCGCAGAAGCCGCUCACGUUCGAGGAGCCCCAUUUAUAGAAGCCGUUCGCCUCCGAAUGGAGAUCGUCGUUCGCGCAGUCGAUCUCGUUCGCCUUCUCCGUGAAACCACAUUCUCUCUAUUCGUUUCGUUACUUCACCGUUUCUGUGUUUAUGAACCAGUAACGCUAUUCGGAACGUAA